AUGCCACCUCGCAAGAACGCAGAGUCGGAGGUUCGAUCUUGGGGCUUCGGCCAUGUCUUCACCUGGACCGAUGGACCGAACGCUCAUUAUCCGCCACACAGACACAAUGGCCUGACCACCCAUCUGAUUCUCGAUGGCAAGUUGACUAUCACCUACCCGGAAGACAAGGACCCGAAGAAGGAAACAUUUGGGCCGGGUGCAAGAUUAGACGUCGAUGCGAGAAGACUUCACGAGGUAUGGAUGGGGGAAGGAGGUUGCACCUAUGUUAUAGGAGAAUAA